AAUGUUGUUAUGUGGAAAUUACAGGAAAGCCAGUUUUACUGAAAUGUUUUACUCAGCUUUUAUGAAUGGGCACAGCGGGAAGGGGCGUGGCCGUUCUCUCCGCGCUUUUCUGAUUAGUCACGACAUCUUUUAUCGCAGAGGACUGGGUGGGCGGAGCCUGCGUGCUUCUGGCUCUUACGAGCGGAAACAUGAUUGGCUGACACGACGAGGGCAAGCGUAUCCUCUAACACCAUUGGUUGUUUGUGGCGGUGGGCGGGAUCUGUCAGCUGAGCUCCGUAACAAAUGUAGACGCAGCAGCUGCGCUGCACAGAAGAGCGAGCAAGCGGCUUAUGGAUCAGAGCUGCGUUACGAGCUAAAUAACGGGCAUUUAAAUAACGUAACAUUAUUGAUAAAUAUAAAUGUACAUUUGGAUCCUAAUGGCCUGCUAAUAUUGAUAUUGUGGUGCGGAUCGGUGGCAGUUAUUGUAGCAGCGCGCGCGAGACGGUGGAUUUAAGUUACCUCAGAAGAACCUAACCGAACACCGCGGAUAUUUCACCGGAAUAUUCCUUUUUCUACGGUGAGCAGGAUAACCGUUCGCCACACUCCGUCACCCGCUCGGUUCACAGAUCAGAUCACGGGGUUCUCGGAUGGAGCGGAACACCGAGGCGCGGAGUCACGGAUCAUGGUCCCGGUGUGAGGAGCUCCUCCGAGGCGACGCAUCGAUGACCGUCUCGAUCAGCUCCACCACCGGGAGCCGCUUCGAGCUGUCCGUUCCUCUGGAGGAGACCGUGGAGGGCCUGCACCGGAGACUGUCCGAGAGACUCCGGGUCCCGAGGGAGCGACUCCUGCUGCUGCACCGAGACACGAGGUUAGACUCGGGGAAGCUGCUGGACGUCGGUGUGGUCGACGGAAGCAGACUGACGCUGGUGCCCACGCUCGAAGCCGGACUGAUGGCGCAGUCGAGCCGCUCGGAGCAGUCGGUCGUGCAGGCGCUGGAGACGCUCUCAGACGCUCAGGUCAGUGACUUCCUGUCGGGACGGUGCCCGCUGACCCUUGCCCUGCGUGUGGGUGAUCACAUGAUGUUUGUGCAGCUGCAGUUGGCGGCUCAGGCAUCUGGAGGACAGCCGUCCCUGUCCAGGGGUCCUACGGUCCCCAGCCAGAUGCAUACAGGGGCCGUCAGCAGUGCAAAACCCCUCAGACUCACAGCAGCGGGAACAGGACGUCUUUAAGAGCCGCACUGCCCCGCCCUCAUCACAUGAUAGCCACACCCACAGUGCUCAAAGCCCCACCCCUGCCCCGCCCUGUGUUCAGGCUGAAGGCAGCACACAGCGAUGCAAACCCGGUGCCGUCAUCAAGAGCCUGGUCAAUCACGCACCGGGAGUUUUCUCAGGAACCUUCUCA